UGUCAGUAGUGACUUUUUUGUUUCUAGAUGACGUGUAAACUUAUAUUGUGAAUAAGUUAAAACAUACAUGUAAUUUUGCCUAAGAGCAUUUUAAGCUAUUUAAAUUGUAAUUAAGUUGUUUUGAAAUUUAUCGUAGUAUUACGUUGACACUUGACGAAGUCAGUGUAAUAACUCCCGCUGUUCUGACUUCCAAUAUUUAUGUUUAGGCUUAAGUUAAAAAAGCAAGCGUGACUAAGUUCUAAUUGGGAUUAAUCUGGAAAUUUGAUUAGAUAUAUGAUCAUAAAGUUUUUAAGGUUUUCAUUUAUCUGUUUUUAUAUCAUUAGAACAUAAAUAUAACCUGGUCAUGUCAGGGCACAGACAUAGGGAAGAUGCCUAUGCUGAAAAUUACAACUGGGACAAUAAGUUUCCUUCGAGCCCGGUUAGUUACACUUACGGUUCUGAAUAUGAAAUGGGAGGAAGCGAAUUUGGUACAGAACCACAAUUUGGAUCAUUUGAUUACAGUAACCCAAGCCCAUCUAUACAACCAACUGUCCCGGGAGGAAUGAACAUGGGAGGGUAUAUACAACCUCCUAAUUCAAAUUACAUAAAUCCUGCAGGUGGAUUAUAUUCUGGCAGUAUUCUGACUCCAGAUCCAAUGCCUAGCCCAUAUAUUGGAAGUGGAGACAACUUCGAAGAUGAACCACCUCUUCUUGAAGAAUUAGGCAUUAAUUUUGAUCACAUUAUGCAAAAAACUUUAGCAGUUUUGAAUCCCAUUAAAGAACCUGAAGCUUCCAUUUUGCAGGAAACUGAUCUGGCCGGACCUCUCGUAUUUUGUAUGGCAUUUGGUGUAUUUUUACUGUUAACUGGAAAAGUUCAUUUUGGGUAUAUUUAUGGAAUAGGUGUGUUAGGAUGUUUAGCAAUGUAUGCUCUUUUGAAUAUGAUGAGUAUGUCGGGUAUUUCAGUUGGAUGUACUGUUAGUGUUCUUGGCUACUGUUUGCUUCCAAUGGUGAUGUUAUCAGGAGUCUCAAUAAUUUUCUCAUUAAAAGGAACUUUGGGUACAGUUAUAGCCAUUUUGGUUGUGCUUUGGUGUGCUUUGUCAGCUUCAAAAUUAUUUGCAACAGCACUGGUAAUGGAUCAUCAGCAGCCUUUGGUUGCCUAUCCUUGUGCAUUACUUUAUGGAGUUUUUGCACUUCUAACAGUAUUCUAAACGCUUUCAAAUGGCAGGUGAGUUGACCAGAAUUACAAAGAUUCAAAUGAUCUGUAGUGAAAGAUCUAAUUAAUUAUUCAUGAGACUUAAGAAAAUAUGGCACAUGGUAGUAUUGAGUAUUUCUGUGUGGGUAAAGUAAGCUUGAAGCUUUUGGAAGCUUUAUUUAUCAGUAUAUAUUUUUAAUUUUUUAAUAUUUGUUUUCUGAAAUAUGCAUUAAUAAAAAUAUAACCUUAAACUAUAUGUAUAUGUAUAAUUACACUUCAUAAAAAAUGUUAUCAUAAAAUUGUAUAAAGGUUCUCUCUAUAGAAAUAACAUCUACACGUGAUACUGCAUUAGUAAGGUUUAAAUAGUUUUAACUUGGAUCUCCAAUAUGUCUUCUAACAUAGUGCUGCAUUUCUGGAGUUCACCUGUACUCUAUCUUUCUAGAUAAAAUCAUAUGCAUAUUAAAUAAAAAAGAGAAAAUAUAAUAUUUUCAAAUGAGCUUAUUAACAUAGUUCAUAAUAGCAGUUUGUAGAUUGUUUUAGUGUAAGCAUAUAUGUUGGUUAACAAUGAAAGCAAUUCUGAUAAAAUCAGUGAUUAACCCUGCUAA